ACGAGCGAACACUCGCACCUGUAUUAUUGAGCAAGGUUACCUUUCCCUUGUCUUAAUUUUGUGAACAAAAAUAGGCCACUUGGUGUUUCCCAUAGAUGUAUCCACUUCAAAUAGAGCCCCCUACUGUGUCCGCCAUUUUUCAAAAAAAUGCUAUAUAAUAAGGCUGUUGUAAAACGAGUGAUACAUGCUAUGCAAAAUAUCGUGCUGAAAUCAGCAUCACGUGAUCGCAAUAUCCAUUUUGAAAAAGACAAGUUGUGCAGCAUGCAGGCCUAGCUACCACAUGCACAGGCGGAACGCAUAUAUCACCUAAGGUAAUCUUCGAUAAGACAAUGUGUCUUGUUUGCACUAGCCAUCUGCACAGUUUGCAAAGAUGAUGUAAAGGCCGUUCACGCUUUCAACACUGAGUGCAAAAAAGGUAACAGGUAUACACAAAGGUGUGUUGCUGUGAAAGGCAGCCGGAUCGAUCAUGGCGCCUACGAGAACCGGACAGUCCUCCACCGCCCAGCUCUCCGUGGCCCGUUGGGUAGCGCAGCGGCUCGGCGGCUUGACCUGCCGGUGCCUGCUCCGCAACAAAUUCUUCCUGCUUGCCUUGGCGGUGUUCGGCAUGACGCUGGUGCUGUUACGGAGCAGCAUCGUCGACGUCGCUGACGAGGCUGGCGACGGGUUCCCGGUGUGGAGGGAGCGGGGGAUGGACGCUCGAGUCACGCCGAUCUCUCAGGACAUUCACGGCGUCAGAAAUGAAUCGAAGAUUAAGAUUGUCAUCACCUCAGCACCCGUCAACGACUCGCAGUCAAAGCCCACGCAAAGACCCACGAAGCCCCAACCUAAAUCGGCACCGAGCCCUCCUAAAAAAGCAGCUGUAUAUGACAGGCGGAAACCCAACUUCACUGAGGAAAUCAACUACUUCGCAAACAUAUACAACAACAGCCUUCCGGACGGUGACAAGUUUUUCGAGUACGCGGCCAGGGUUAUCAAGCGCGCAUGGAAGCCCAACCCCAAGAAUACAGAGACAUUUAGGAAGGAUAUACGUGCAGCGCUGGGCGAAGUGGGCAGGAGUCAGAAUGUUUACCUGACGAAGGACAACACGCCGGAAGGAUCCACGAUGAUUUACUACAUGGCCGGCAAGCCCUCUAAAAUAGCCAAUCACAUCUGGUCGAUGCUACCAGAUAAUUCCGUGUUUCAGCCGAAUCGGUUCAAAGUCUGUAGCGUGAUCGGGUCCAGUGGCAUUCUCAAGGGAUCACGGUGCGGGGCAGAGAUAGACAAAUCAGAUUUCGUCUUCAGGUUUAACUUGGCCCCCGUGCGAGGAUUUGAGGUCGACGUGGGGAGGAAGACGAAUUUCACGACGCUGAACCCAACGUUUAUCAUGAAGAAAGUAAAUUCCAUCAAGACUAAAGAGGACGAAGCGAAGAUGAUCGACGAGUUGCGACAGUUCCAGGAGAGUUACAUGUACUUACCGGGCUUCGCCGUCAGCGGGAGCCUGCGGCUUUUGGUCAAGAUUGCCGGCGUGGCAAUGCGGGCCAACGUGACCAAGCCGGUCUACGGCAGCCCGGACCACUUCCUCGUGGUAGCCAACCUCUGGAGAAAGACGCUGGAUACCGAAUUGAAAUGGCCGUCGACGGGUCUCUACGCUGUGUCUUCUCUCUUUGAUGCCUGCGACCGGAUUCACGUCUACGGUUUCUGGCCUUUCCCAAAGUCUGUCGGUGGGAAAGCGGUCCCAUACCACUACAAUAAUAACGUCAAACCAACUAAGGUGCACAACUUUGACAAGGAAUUCAAGACCCUGUUGAUGCUGCACGAAAAGGGAAUCAUCAAUUUGCACUUGCAGUCGUGCAAGUGAUGGGAUGAAUGGUCUUGCCUCAAAUCUCGAAGAGCAAGUUCGAUCAAGGGCAGUUGGCUUUUUACCAGUGGUUGACUCGUGACGCACCUUGCGCCUGCGUCAUCGCGAAACCACCGGUCCCUGGCUUUCACGCAUCUGUACACUGCGAUACGAGCAGCAGGCAGAUAACCAUCGUAAAAGUCAAGUCCAAGCGUCGUCGACUCGCUUGCGUUCGAGGAGGUUAAGGCGAACUUUGUCUAUAGCCGUAUAGUUUUUGAUCGAAGUUGCUCUUGGAUUUGAAAGCAAAACAAUUUAUGCCAUGUUUUGGAGGAGGUUCAGUCUUGGGUGAAGAGAUUCCGUCUUGGGUAAAGUUCGAAACUUUAACAGUUUGGUGGGGGGGGGAAAAGAGAGAAAACAGGAAACGAAAAUGACGUCUUCAUAUCCAUGAGAGCACUGUGACUUUUGUCGCGCAUAACGCGCGUAUGCGUGUGACAACUGCCGUCAAAAUGGCUGCCCAUGGGUGAAUCUUGCCUAUGAGAGAUCUUCGCGUGAGGGUCAUGUAAAUUAGCGUUACUUGUAAACAAAAAAUGGCCCUACACAACUAUCAUGAAUGGUGAUAUGGGAACUAGUUUGGAUUGAUUUGGACCGAAUGGUUGAUGCUGUGUGUUCUUUAACUGAAAUAUUUGUUUUUCCUUAACAACUCAUUUUCAUUCUGUUUGCAUUUGAGGUGACUUAAACAUAUCUUCAGGGUAUUUAAAAAGUGGUGGUAUGUCAGAGCAAUAGGUUAUUAAAUUUAUUAUAUAUUAUGACACAUAGGCUUAGUGUCUUCUUUGCAGGGUUUUUUUAAUGGAAAUAAAGCCAUACAAUGUGGUAAA